GGCUGUGUUCCUUCGCAUGAGCGUAGAGUUUUUCACGAGUUCUUGUUCGUCGCUGUUCGACUUUGCUCCUUCGACGACGUUCCCUUCCUGUUGGAUCGGAAGUUACGACAUUUUUUUGAUCUGAAGCAGCAACGGGAGCUCGCUUGCUGUGAAGUUGACGCACAUCGGAGCCGCCGUUGAAUCGAAGGAUCGGCGAGGUAUCAUUUAGUGGAAAGGAAAGCAAAACUUUUUAUUCUGAAUUUCAGCGAUGCCUUCUCAGAAGAUAGAAACUGGACACCAAGAUGUGGUACAUGAUGUGGCCAUGGACUAUUAUGGCAAACGGAUGGCCACAGCUUCCUCAGACACAACCAUCAAGAUCAUUGGCGUCAGCGGCUCUUCGCAUCAGCACCUAGCAACCUUAAGCGGCCACCAGGGGCCUGUCUGGCAAGUUGCAUGGGCUCACCCCAAGUUUGGAUCAAUGCUUGCCUCCUGCAGUUACGACAGUCGUGUCAUCAUAUGGAAGGAAGGCAGCAAACCUGAUGAGUGGACUCAGUCACAUGUUUUCACCGAGCACAAAUCUUCAGUUAAUUCCAUUGCUUGGGCGCCUCACGAGCUUGGUCUUUGUUUGGCCUGCGGUUCUUCCGACGGUAACAUUUCAGUCUUCACAGCUCGAGCAGACGGAGGUUGGGAUGGUGCUAAGAUAGAUCAGGCUCAUCCUGUUGGCGUGACAUCUGUUUCAUGGGCUCCAGCAUUGGCUCCUGGGGCCUUAGUUGGUGCAGGGCCUCUUGAUCCUGUACAAAAACUAGCUUCAGGUGGUUGUGACAAUACUGUCAAGGUUUGGAAACUGUACAAUGGGAACUGGAAGAUGGAUUGUUUUCCUGCUCUUCAGAUGCAUGGAGACUGGGUGAGGGAUGUGGCUUGGGCUCCAAAUCUCGGUCUUCCUAAAUCAACAAUUGCUAGUGCUUCACAGGAUGGGACAGUGGUCAUAUGGACAGUUGGGAAGGAAGGUGAUCAAUGGCAGGGGAAAGUUUUGUAUGAUUUUAAGACGCCUGUUUGGAGGGUGACAUGGUCGCUGACUGGGAAUAUAUUGGCUGUAGCUGAUGGUAAUAAUAAUGUUACUUUGUGGAAGGAAGCUGUUGAUGGGGAAUGGCAACAGGUGACUACUGUUGAGCCUUAGAAAUUUGAAUUGUUGCUUGGAUUUCUAAGAAGCUCAGGUUUAUCAGCAAGGUUAUUAGAUUUAUCCAUAUUCUGUCUUUUCUUAUUAUCAGGAAUUGCUACUUAAAAGUUGUUGGAGAACAUAAAUUUUGAAUUUGUUUGUGUUUUUGCU